UGCCUGUCCCUGUGAAGAGGAAGACCAGCCACAUUCCAGGACUCUCUUCUGACCCACAUCUGUGCUAUGACUGAGACUGGGGAAGAGGAAUCAGUGUCAGCAGAGGCCUCAGGGUUCUCAGACUUUAGUGAUUCAGAAUUUCUAGACUUUCUGGACCUGGAAGAUACCCAAGAGUCAAGUUCUUCGCUUAGCAAACCUGGCCCUUCUUCUGAACUCCCUGGGAAAGAUGACAGGUUCACAGACUUACCAAAGAGGAAAAGAGAAUUGGGCAUCUCAUCACCCCUGGAGCUAUUUCACCUUAAAUGUUUGUAUGUCACUGAUCUGUCUACUCAGGAUUGGUGUGAACAGCAAAUAGUAUAUAAGAAGCAACUUCCUGAUUUCUUGACACCCGAGAAGGCCACUGUCUUAAACACUGGUGCCAGCAUCCACCUAGCCAAAGAACUAGAAGUUCAUGAUCUUGUGACUAUCUCUAUCACCAGUAAAGAAGAUUCUUGGGCGGUUAAGUUUCUGAACAUAUUAUCAAUGAUUCCUACGCUGCAGUCAGGAGGACGCAUCAGAGAGUUCCCAGUGUUUGGAGAAGUAGAGGGUGUGCUUCUUGUUGGAGUGAUUGAUGAGCUGCACUAUACAGACAAGGGGGAGCUGGAACUGGCUGAGCUCAAGACACGGAGGCGCCCUGUGCUCCCUGUAGAAGCUCAGAAAAAAAAAGAUUGUUUCCAGGUCAGCCUAUACAAAUAUAUCUUUGAUGCCAUGGUACAAGGGAAAGUGACCACUGCCAGCCUAGUCCACCAUGCAAAAUUGCAUCCAGAAAAACCACUGGGAUCUUCGGUGCUGAGACAUGCCAGGCAGGGAGGCUUUUCUGUGAAGUCCUUAGGUGACCUCAUGGAGCUGGUCUUUUUGUCUCUAACAUUGUCUGACCUCCCAGUUAUUGAUAACCUAAAGAUUGAGUAUAUCCAUCAAGAAACUGCCACUCUGCUGGGUACAGAGAUUGUGGCCUUUGAAGAGAAGGAGGUGAGAAGCAAGGUGCAGCACUAUAUGGCCUAUUGGAUGGGCCACCGAGAACCUCAAGGAAUUGAUGUGGAAGAGGCUUGGAAGUGCCAGACAUGUAGCUAUGCAGAUAUCUGUGAAUGGAAGAAGGGUGGCUGGAUGCGCAGCUCCAUGCUCGAGCCUCAAGCCAAAAAAGCCAAAUGAACAGAAGGUAGGCCUUCAGAGAUUUAGAUCUCUCUUAUGUACUCAGCAGAAGUAAAGGGGACCAAUUUCUGAGCUUGGCAUUCAGAGUGUUCUCAUUUUAGUUCAUUUCAUAUUUCCUCACCUUUAACCACACAAAUCCAGGACCAAGAGUCAGGGAUAAAGGGGCCUCCCCUGGUGGCGCAGGAGUUGAGCGCUGGGCUGCGAGGCUGCCCGCAGCCUCUGCAGCUCCGGUUCGUUCCCCAGCUGCCGGCGAGGGUUCCACAAAAAAAAAAAAAAGAGGGAUAAGGGGGAAGAUCUGGAAUUCUACUGUCUCUGGAACUUCACCAUCAGUUCCCAAGACGACCAUCCCAAGAUGAUCAUCAUGACUGGAGAAAAGGUAUCCUUCAGCAAUCAUUGUUUUCCUAAGAAGAUUCUCGGUUUCUGAGAAGUCUCUUUCCUAUUUUUUCUUAAUCAAGUCUUUGUUUUAUAUAAUUACACAAAAUAAAAUGCUGCCCAGGUCAUUUAAACUGAUGGCUUUUUUAAUGACUUUACACCUUCAAAGACACCCACUAUGAAUAGUUGCAUAUAUGUUAUUGCAAGCUUUUAAGUAUAUACAUAAACAUAUUUCUAAAGCAGAAUUAGUGGAAUGAGUGACCAAGAAUUUAAACAUAAUAAAUGUGUACAAAGAAAUAAAGGAAAAUAAAAUAGCAACAGGAAGUCCUAAAACAUGAAAGUAUUAGCUAUGAGAAUACAAUAUACGAAUAACUUAGGACAUUUAUAUACUGUAAUCCAGUAAUACCAUUUCUUACACAAAUAGAACAGGAAAUUCUUAUACAUAUUAUACAUGUAUAUGCAUAAUAUCAUACAUAUUACAACAGGAAAUAGGAACAAGAAUAUACUUUAUAGCUCUUUCACAAUAGCAAAACCACACCUAGAAACUAUCCAGGUGCCCAUCAUUAGAAAAGGGCAUGAUGUGUUAUGGCAGCCAAAACAGAUGGGCUACGAAGACAUUCAACA